AUGAAUGAUGAGAUAGAAAGUACACGAGUUGAGGCAGAAGUGUUUAUCCAGGGUUCUCGAAGCAAUUACGUUGAUGUGAAUAAUUAUACCUUAAGCAGGGGGAACAGUGGCUUAGUAAAUUAUUUUGACGUAAUGGGAUAUGCGAAUUCAUCAAAUGGCAGAAGGCCUGAUGACCUAAUUCAUGGUAGCUCUAACAGAGUAAACUAUAGUAGUGUAAACUGUACUAGUGUGAAUGCAAUUAUGAAUGAGAAGGAAGAGUGUCAAUAUGUAGGCCGUGUUAGUAGUGGUAGUAGCAGAAGUAGAAGUAGCAGAAGUAGCAGAAAUAGAAGUAGCAGAAGUAGAAGUAGCAGAAGUAGAAGUAGCAGAAGUAGAAGUAGCAGAAGUAGAAGUAUUACUCUAAUGGGUGAUGCUAAGAAGCACAGGAGUGGUUGUAGUACACUUGAUAAAUUCGAUAUUAAGGGGAAAAAAAAAGAAAAAGAAAUUUUUAAUAAAAUAAAACAAAAAAAUUAUUACAUAGAUGACAGUUAUUUAUAUGUAAAGGGGGAAAUUAGUAUGACUGAAAAAGACAACUAUAAGGAGAAAAUAUAUAGAAAAAAAAAGCACAGUCAUAUUUGUGAUAUUUUACAAAAUGAUAGGAUAAAUAAUGAUCUUCAUUUGAAUGGUAAUAGUAGUGGGUCAGCUUAUGAAAAUGGAAAGGAAGUGAGAAACAAUUGUGGUAGUAGCAUCAGAGUGGAGGAAUUUAUUAAGGGGCAUACUCUUGAAAAUGAUGUAGUGGAAAAUAGCAACGACCUAAUUAUCUGCACAGCGAGUAGGUAUGAUUCGUGUAAUUUUGACAAGGUGGUUAAACUUGCUCAUGAAGGGGAUAGAAGUAGCACCAUCAAUUGUACUAGAUAUAAAAGUGCAGGUAGAGGUUGUAGAAGCACGGAGCACCCGAAAUUUCAAUAUGCGGAUAACCAUGAAAAGGAAGAACGGUUCAUGGAAUUCUUAAAUUUUGUAAAAUCGUCCAAAGACGAAUCAGGAAAAAGGUACGAAAUUGCAGGAGGGUAUUUACCGUGUAAUGCAGAAAAAAUCGGGGGUGCCGAAGAAGAGAAACAGGGAGAAGACGAGAAAAACGAAGACGAAGACAAAGACGAAGACGAAGAAGAAGAAGACGAGGAGAACGAAAACAAAAACAAAGACAAAAACGAAAACAAAGACGAAAGGAAGAAACGAAAAUACGACAGAAGUCGCUUCACUAGUUGUAGUAGUCACAACGGCACAAUUCGUAACAGACCAGUUGUGGAUAAAGUGUUGUAUAACAUGGCUAACUUAAAACUCACAGGCACAUCGAUUAUGUUAACAAAUGAAAAUUCAAAAUUUAUUUACAAAGUGAUACCUUUUUUCAAAGAUGGUGAAGCCAAAUUUUACUUUAAUGUGUUUAUUUCAUAUAAUAUUAUUUAUAAGAUUAAUAAAAAAGGACUGCAAAGUAAUAUUGACGAAUUUACAAAUAUGUUCAUUUUGCAUCAUAGCAACAACAAUUAUGACGAUGGUGAAAAGGAUAAUUAUAAAAAAUGUAAAGAGAAAAAUAAAAAUAAAAAUGACUGCUUAAUUUUAUGCAGUAAAAUGAACAGGGUAUUUUCUAAUUUUCACUUAAUUAAUAAAAGCGAAGUAAAGGAAGCAUUAAUCAAAUCGUUAUUAAAGAAUUUGUACUCUGGUACCACACACAACAUUGAAUGUUACAAGCAUGCAUUACAGGCGAGGGACUUAAACCGAGUGGCAGGUAGUGCAGGUCGCUUUGCAACCAUUGGAAAAUUAUCUUCCCAAAAUUUGAGUGAUGUAGGUGUGUUAAGUAAGACACACCAAGUUGAAACAUCCGUACUCCAUGAUCUGCUUCACUGCAGAACAUUCACCCUGGAGGAUUUUCCCAAUGGUACCGCAAGUACUCAGUUGAAGAGAACAAAUUUGAAUGUAUGUAAUGGGAACAGAAGCGGUAGUAGCAGAGGCAGUAGCAGAGGCAGUAGCAGCGGUAGUAGCAACGGAAGUGGCAGUGGUAGUAGCACAGUGGAUAGUAUACGACGUAUCCCCGCCGAGGAAUAUACGUUAGAAAGAGGCCCAUCGGAUGAAAGAAAUCCAUUCACAGAGAUGAACAGAAAAGAAAAAGAUGUUUCUUCACAAUAUAGUGCUCUUCAAAAUGAUCCUGAUGAACGUUACACUGAUCCUAGUGCUCAAAGUGGUGGACCAAAACGAACUGAUAAAAAAAAAAAAAAAAAUUUGUUGAAUGAAAAGUUAAUGUUAUCAUAUUUAGUUAAACAUAAACUAAUUCCUAAGUGUUACAAUGUAGUCCCCGUAUAUAGGUGUAAGGAAAGUGUACGAGGGAGUAACGACAUAAAUGCUGUAAAUGGAGUAAAUUGCGUGGAGGAGGGGGAGUUACAUGUGUACUAUGAAAAGGAUCAUACCAGGGAUAAGAAGUGUUCAAAAAAAAGUGUAUUGAAAGGAAAUGGUAAGGAAGAGUUAGAUGGUAAUAAUCAAAUCUUACUUGACGCACCCGGGGUGAUGACAAAACAAGGGGUGAGGAAGAAGCAGGGUGAUCAACCAAAUCCCCUCAUAAGAACUGAAAGUAAUGCGAGCAAAGAAGAGAAAAAUAUGGCAUUCCUUUCGAAUGAAACGAAGUUACCAAUAGUCGAAUCGUUCAAAUGCGCAUCAGAGAAAAGCAUAUCAAACGAAGACGGGGAAACAUGGGUUAUAGGAAGAUAUAGUGAUGUGGCUACUGGUAGCGGCAAUGCCAGAAGCAAUGCCAGAAGCAAUGCCAGAAGCAGUGCCAGAAGCAGUGCCAGAAGCAAUGCUAGAAGCAAUACCUGGAGCAGCACCAGUAGCAACACCAGUAGCAACACCAGUAGCAAAACCAGUAGCAACUGUGUAGAUGCUGUUCACCUGGCUCUAAAGCUGAAGAAGAUAUGCAGCAGAAUAAAACAUAGUGAUCAGCACAUGCUAGAUUUAAAAUUAGGAUAUAACACGUUGAAGGAUAACGACCCACUAUUUAGCGAAAAUUUGUUAAGGGAAAGUGAGUUAGUCGAAUGGAAAGAAAAAGAGAAAUACUUAAAAAAAUGGUCUAAAAUGAAAAAAGAGAUAAGAAGUAAGUUUAUGAAUACAAGCGACCAACAUAUAAUUGACAUAUCAUCAAAGGAUUUAAAUUUACCUAGUUGUUUUGAUAAAUAUGAUAAUAAUGAAAUAUAUUGUUUAUUAAAAUCAUGGAAGCAAGAAAUUACUUCAUUAAAAACUACUCAAAAGAUGUUAGGUUUUCGUAUAUGUGCAUUAAUAUAUUAUAUAAAACAGGUAUAUUUAUUAGACGAUGAAAAUAUAAAGGAAUUUUACACAAAUUUUAUACAAAAGAAUAACAUUAUUAAGAGAAAUAAAUUAAACAAAGAAGAUAAAAUGAACACAUAUCCAAAUAAGGAAAAAAUGGGAAUAACAAAGUGUUAUGAUAAUACAAAUAACAGAAUAACAGUUAGUAGAGAUAUUGGCUUAAAUUUAAGUGAAGAACAAGUUAUAUAUUUUUUAUUUUUAUUUUUAAAAAAUAUUGCUUCCAUUAUUUUACCAAAAUUGGUAAAAUUAAAACUAUGGCUAGAACAACAAUCUCUUUAUUCCUUUUGUUCAACUUCUUUGUUAAUAAUAUAUGAUAGAAAAAACCCAUCCUCCUGUGAUAUUAAAUGGAUCGACUUCACGUACUCUUUUGAAAAUAUAAACUAUAUGAGAAAAAAAAAAGAUCAACUAAAGAAACAUAAAUUGAACGAAGAUAUACUUUUUGGUAUUAAUAAUUUAAUUAAACUAUGCAAAACUGUUUAUAUGAAUAAUAAACUACCUCCAUCUAUUAUAUGCUUGUCAAGUCAGAAAAAUAAGCAGGACGACGGCGCAUGA